AUGUCACAAUCUUCCAAAAAUGCAUCAUGGCUCCCUUUCUUGGUGGUAGCUCUGCUAGCAGUAUCGACUGUUCAUGCACAUCCAAUUCAUCAAAUAGAGAAAGAGGAUAGAGGACAAGCAGGCAAGCUUGAAUCUCGAUCACCGAGACUCAUCCCCGACACCGAGAAUUACGUAAAUCAAAUCCUUCAAGGUUUAGGCCUGGCAGAGCCAAUUCCAACUGCUACGCCCACACCCAGCGUUAAAGCCGAACAGAAUCAGCCGAAGAGCUUGAAGGCAUCACCAUCACCUUCGCCAUUGCCAAUCACCCACAUAAUCUACUCGAGCUCGACCAGUUAUACGCCAACCUAUGGCAGCAAUGGGGCCAGUUACACCCAAACGGUGAAACACGAGACGAGCAAUAAAAAGCCCAUGGAGAACAUCGAGCUCGUGCAGGGUUGGAACAAAGACCGGAAGUUGACUGCUGAAGAUCUUCCGCUUGUCUUUGAGGCUCUACGCAGGGAGCUGAAACAUCGAUUGAGUGAUAUGAUCAACAGCUCUGAUGAGAUUGGAUUGGAGAAUUUCUUGGAUUGA